GCUCUCAUCAGCAGCAUCCGACAGUCUAUCGACGUGCGCAAAUUGACGCCGCGCGUAUCACAGGCCCGCGCGCAGGGUACAGCUAACAUCCAUGAACAAACUUCACUGGGAUACUGCAAUGGAGCAUCGACGCCAAAACACAGGCUAGUGAUUUAUCCUGAGGGAUUAUUGUAACUGUGGUGUUACAAGGUGGUACUGUGGAAACAGACGGUGAAAGGCAGUCUUUACUCAUGUCCCUUCCAGCUAACAGAAAGCCAUCUGCUGGUUCUCGCAGAAAGCCGACGGCCCCAAGCAGCACUCGACACUCGCAUGUCGACCUGUCUGUCCGUAGCAGUUACUCAACAACAUCCUGCAAGGGCACAGAGAACAAAACUGUACCACGCUCCAACCCAGCCACUCCACGACGACAGGCGAAGUAUGCAGCCUGUGGUGAGAAUCACGGGAUCCGUCCGCCUGCCCCUGAACAGUAUCUCACCCCACUGCAGCAGAAGGAAGUGUGUAUUCGUCACUUAAGAGCUCGGCUGAAAGAGAAUGUGGAGAGGCUUCAGGACCGAGACUCUGAGAUUGAGGAGUUACGGAUGCGGCUGACUCAGAUGCAAGAGGACUGGAUUGAAGAGGAAUGUCAUCGCAUUGAGGCCCAGCUGGCCUUAAAAGUGGCCCGGAAGGAGAUCCGGCAGCUUCAGCAGGCUGUGGAAACUGUACAGUCCAAUCUAGAGGUCCAUGAAUCAGAUCAACAGGACUGUAAGUCUGAAGGUCUGGGUGUAGGUAGGGUGGGGCCACGAUUUGGGGCGUCUAGGUCUUGUGGCUGCUCUCCGGCCCAUACCAUGAGUCGCAGUGCCACCUUCACCAGACUAAGAAGUGAGACGUCACCUGGCACCACUGACCACAACGGAAACAUACAUUCUGACCGGUACAUUCCUCCCAACAGAGAGGCGAUGAAGUUACCAAGAGGUGAUGGGCAUACUCAUCUACUUUUAGAAGCAGCUCUUUUGUCUGAGCAAGUCCCACAUGCACCGCUAUGCUUUGCUUUGUCACGCUCCUCUACCUGCGAGAGAUUGUGUAGCGGAGAGACGGUGUUGCCCGUUAGUCGAUCUUGCCAUGCUGUGAACAACUGCAGCUGUGGUCCACACGCCUACCUCCCUCACCACCAUCUGUUUUUGCACCUCCCACAGGAGGAAGCACCUCCUCCACCUCCUCAACCGACCCCACCAACAGCGCCAACUGGUGCAUCAGAGGUCAGUGACAGGCCAGGCUUCCGAUCACAGGCCUGCAGCCCCACCAUAACUUGGAUCUCUGAAGAGGGUGGAGGCGAGGAUCUGAGCAUCAUCACUUCAACAACUUACGCACCAGAUGUUACCCUAGCUGAGCCACAGGUGUUUUCGCCAUCUUCCAUUGCUACUUCCCUGUCUCAGAUGUCUUACAUCACAGAACCAUUACCACUAGACAACACCAUUGAAUUUACUUCUUCAACAACGACACCUACGGUGUUGACCAAGCCACAGGUUCAGCAACCUUGUCCCAGAGCGUCACCACCUCUACAGUCGCCACCACAGGAGGCAACGGUAGUAAAGGUCAGUGAUGAUGAUGGAGUGGGUGGCACUUGUGCUGCGGAUGAGGAGGCAGAAUCAGCUCAUCCUGAGAGGGGUCACUGGAGCCGUUACUUCCUGAUUGACCUGUUAGCAGUGGCUGUUCCUGUUGUUCCGACACUAGCAUGGCUUUGCCGUGGAGCACAGAAUGAAGGUAUGCCCAUGUACAACAUGGGCUCCCUGCUGCGCGGCUGCUGUGCUGUUGCGCUGCUCUCUUUAAGACGAGUCGGCAGGGGCCGUGGUCCCUCAGGAACAGAAAGAGCGACACCUAUCUAAAACUUUAGCAUUACUGCACCAUCAAAAACAAUUAUCUUGAGUGGGUUCUUUGUCCUUGAUCUCCCAGCUUGGUAAUAUUUUAUAACCAAGGAGGCUUACAUCCGUUACACCAAUGCUCAUUUGGGACAAAGAUCUUGGGAAUGUGGCCCUAAUUUGCACAGACAUUGACCAGUUUCAAGGCUCUUGCUCGUUUCCACCUUUUGUUUUCCUUUUUCCUUUUAGGCCCCUCUUAUCUGCUCAAUUUCCUCCCAUUCUAGGCUGAAACUGAGCAGGCAGUACAUACACAAAUAUAGCUGUAAGCAGCCAUGAGCAGAAUCCAAGCUGACCAGAGAAACAGAAAAACUCACAACUAUAUUGGAUAUGGAUGUAGACUCAGCUAGUCAUUAUUGCAAAUAAACCCUGACAGUGAUCCGUGAAGCCCUCAUAGGGGUAUUGUAUCACCCUGACAGAGUUUAUUUUUGCGAUUAUGACCAGCUGACUGUACAUUAUUUGGCUUAUUAUAAGGUUACCAAAUAAAUGGAACCUUCAUUUGAACCUUAAAUUAUUUCAUUAUUUGAGAAGAAACAUCGUUGUACGAAAGUUGUACGAAAGACAUGAAUGUAGCACAGCUAUGUAGGAAAUCUGUUGCCUGGGACAACGGUCAGUUAUACAGAUUAAUGGUCAUUUUUAUAUUAUAUUUGACCACAUAAUGCUUUGAUUAACCAAUAACAAUCAUGUUUUGCAGAGAGCAAUCUAAGGGUAGAGAAUUGUCAGUUUCUGUAAAUUUGUUGCACUCCCCCUACUGGAUUUUAAUGGUAUUACAUUUAUUUACAUUUACUGUAAUCUCUCUGCAUGUAACUAGGUGUGUCACAUAGACAUGGUUGUAGGAAGCCAAUUUGUUCUUCAAAUGUUAUGUAUGCAACCACAGUGCCAGUCCAUGCCAUUUAAUUGAAAAAUCUGGUAAAUGUUCAUCAUAGGUUUACACAGUUAUAGCUGAUUAUGAAAGGACGAUUAAUACUGAGAAUAACCUGUACAAGCAAUAGGGACCCCUGCUUGGACCCCUAAAAAUUAUUAUACCUCACUCAGUACAUAGAAUAUACAACUUUUAUCAAGUAGUGUUACAUGAAACAUAACUGUGGAGUGUUGUUUGGGUCACUGGCAUAAUAUCUGUGCUUCUAAACAACUGUGCUUCUAAAUAUGAGCAGAGAUUUGUCAAACUGCUUUAAAUUGCAUUGUUUGCAUAAGAUUUAUGAAAUUAUUUGAUUUUUGGAGAAUGUUGAUUAUGUUUGUUAAAAAAAUUUCAAAUUCCAGUGACAAAAUUCUACUGGACAGUAAUUUAAUGUUAUUAAGUGGAAGAUUAUUUUCAGUUCUUUUGAACUAUCUCAGGUGGAACUCAGGUGAAAAGUAGAUAGAGGAUGCAAAAUCAAUGGAAACUCAUGCUAAAAGACCCAUUAGGUACAACACAAAGGUUUUAUAAGUUAGACACAACUCUUGUAAAUGCGUACUGUCAUAAUGGCCUCCCGUUUUUAAUCUCAUUAAAUUCAUUACAACACUUCACUUCUAAACAGAUGGGUACUAGCUACGCAUGCAUCCAAGUUCGGUGUACUAUUAGUGAAAUACUUAUGCAGUUAACUCGUACAUUUGUAAAGCUAUGCUUUUGUUUAUUUGAGGUAGCACAAAGGUAUUAAAAAACAAAAAAUGAUAAUCAUUGCAUUCCAGUAGAUUAUUGUAAGGGCUGGUUAGAAUGCAUGUUAGCACAAGAAUUCCAAGUAGUUAACCAACAGUACACUUACAGGUUAUAUUUAUUUUAGAAACACUUUCAGAUAAACAAUCUUGAGAAGUAUCACUGCGAAAUAUGAUUGUGUCUUUAGACAGAGCUCGUCAACAUUUGGCACAUUCAUUUUGAUUGUUUUGUUCAAUUGCCCCUUGAAAAUAAAGUGUUUCAUCAAAAUUACAAA